AUGGGCGAGAUCGGUAAAAAUCUGCUCCUGCAGAGGAUAGCUGAACAAGCCCGCGAACAGAAAAUGAUAAGCGACCCAGCAUUGGAGAAGAAAUUCCGAGAACUGCCCAAUCCAACGUCGCCCAGAAACGACGAACUGAUGCACAACCUGUCGUCAAAGGAGCUGACGAAGGAUCAGAUGCAGGUUUUACGGCGCGAGGCUUCAUUCAACACGACUGACGCCAAACCUGUUAACCUGAUUGCAGCAGUGGAAUCAAUCCUUAGUCAGAUGGAGGCAACGAAGGAGACUAAGAGCCUCAUCCGACACCAAGUCUCGUCUCUCCUGAUGGCCCACAGGCCGCGGGAAGUGCUUUCCAAGGUCGAACGUGAUGCGCUUAGAUAACUCAAGGCCGACAAACACUUGGUCAUCGUGCCAGCGGACAAACGGCGCGCCACGGUUGUACUGGACAGGACAAACCACCUUCAAAAAGCCAAAGGUAUACUGGAGGACCGACAGUUCUAUGGCCCAUGUGCCACGAACCCUUUAAAAGCGCUGACACGCGAAAUUAAUGCUACGCUGUUGGCCUUGGAGAACUCAGGUGCAAUAACACCGACCGACAGGCGCAUGGCGAGACCCAAAGAUACGGUUUUGGCCCAAUUCUGUGGCCUCCCUAAGUUGCACGAAGUCGGCGCUCCUCUCCGACCCCUCGUGUCGCUCAAAGAUACUCCAACGUACGGACUGCCUAAAUGGCUGUUCCGGCGUCUCAAGUUCCUGACCGCUGAGUCAGACAAGACGGUUUCUUCGUCAGCACAAUUCCUGGAGAAACUCAAAGGGGUAAGCCUCCAUCGAAAUGAGGUCAUGGUAUCUUUUGAUGUUACAUCCCUUUUUACUUCUGUUUCCCAGGACCUGGCGAUCGAGACAAUCGAGCUGCUUUUACAAAGCAAAUACCAUGAAACGGAGAAUCGUCUUAGACACGCUCAAGCCCUUCAGCUCCUGAAGUUCUGUCUCAGGACGUACUUCACUUUCGACCGGACAAUUUAAGAACAGGUGAAGGGCACACCAGUGGGUUCGCCGAUUUCGGGAUUCAUCGCCAAGGCGGUCCUGCAACGAUUAGAGUCGCUGGUCUUCCAACACCGCAGACCGAAGUUCUGGACCCGGUAUGUGGACGAUAGAAUUCGUCCUUAUCGACCGGGAUCAAUUGCUGACAUUCAAGGAACGUCUGCAUGCGGUCUUCCCGGACACACAAUUCACGAUGGAGUAGGAAGAGAACAACCAACUGGCCUUCCUGGAUGUCCUCGUAUGCCGCAAAGAUUGUGGUGGAAUAAAAACCAACGUGUUCGGGAAAGCGACGAAUACGAUGCAGGUACUGAACUUCGACCGCAACCACCCAAUCAGCCACAAACGCAGUUGUGUAAGGACACUCUACCGGCGUGUCGAAACGCAUUGUAGUGAGCCGGAAGACAAGGUUGCUGAACAGCAAUACCUCCGACGUGUCUUCAAAGUCAAUGGCUACCCGCGCAGCUUCGUCAACCGGAGCAUACGCAAAAGGGACGAAAGGCCUAACCGCACGGACACCAAAUUUUUGUGAGCGCUUUCAUAUGUCAAGAACGUUUUGGAAGCGGUCGGUCGCCUUCUCGCACCACUUGGGGUUGGAGUGGCACAUAGACCGGAGGCAACCAUCAGGUGUAAGGUAGUAAAACCGAAAGACCCAGCCAGAAAAGUCUGGAGUCGUUUAUCGGAUCUGUUGCAGUUGCGGACAAAGCAACUACGUCAGAGAAACCGUAACACAGCUCCAAACGCGAAUGGCCGAGCACGCUGCAGCGGUGCGGAGACAUGACGCUAGCUCUCAAGUUGCGGCUCAUUCGACGAGAUCCGGCCACAAAUUCAAAUAUGACGAGGCCGAAAUGCUCGCAAGAGGUAACAAUUGCGUGAGCCGGGAGCUAGUUUACUGGUCCCCAUUCCAUUAACAAGUGCAAUGACCUUCUCCCUCCAUACUCGGUGCUGAGACUUCGCCUAGGCGGAGUAACUGGCCACGCGGGGAACGCACAUGUGAACACUUUUCUCACCACCAGGAUCAGCGCGUCAGAUGGUCGAGCAAUCAUCACCCUAGCAUCCAACGCACGUAGUGAAAUUGCAGCAAUUAACAACGCGAAUGUCGGCCAUCACACCACGUGCAGCCAUCCCUGAUGAAGGGGGGAGCCGUGAAUAUUCAUAGGUAUGCGGUAGCAUGGCUACUGCAUCCUAUAAAUACAGAAGCCCCUUGUGUAUGAAUCACCCGUAUCUGCUUUUAUCUCUGAUGAUGGGUUCGAGCACGAAUCCGAAACGUUAGGCUGAUAAAGCCCUUGUCCCAGCGAUUGUGUCUCCUUCUUCAAGUCUCCUCUUAAUGCCGUAGAGACAUGUAUGGUUUUUCGUACGCGGAAGACAUAUGGCUUGUAGUUUGGAAACCUCGAAUGCACUUGUAAGGUUUGGUCAGGUUCAACAUUAUUUGGAAAAAAAUAUUUUUGAAAACCGAAUUAUACCUUUUUUCCGAGUAUACAGUUAGAAAAAGACCUAAUUUUCUACCGAAUGAACAAGAGAAUGGAUAUUUUUAUGCAUGUUUUCCAUGAAAUAUAGUUUAAUUUUUGGGGCAUCGAAAAUCAAUGAGAAAAAUACAUGUUGCAUAAGUAGUCAUUUCUAACAGGGUAUGGUUUUUGCAUGCAGCCGAAAAGAAGUUCAUUCGAAUGCUGGCAUCCUGAGGUUACUGAAUUAUCAAAAAAUUGUGUUACAUGAUGAUUAGUUUUACAACCCUAAUUAAUUAAUCUUCUCGAAACAAAAACGCAUUUCGGAAUUUCCGUUGACAUUUCAUGAGUUAGCCCACCCACUUAGCACUCGUUAGACCGAGGCUCAAACUGUCCCAGUCAUCGCGCCCAUUCAUAUCACCAAUCGACCGUAAAACCCGGUGUGCCAACUGGUUCUUGGGGAGAGAUAUUGAAACGCCACUCCUCAUAAUCCAGCGUAUGCCUCUGAAUGCUAAGUCUGCCCCACAUGGGCCACCAAGGAGCAUUAAGUGUCGCAUCUCCGGCGAGACAAGUUAGGCCGGCCUUGGAACGAUGCUCAAAAGAAUGCGAUACUUAGUAGUCAUUUUUACCGAAUGUGGUUUUUUCUGGUGGUGGGAAAGAAGUUCAUUCAAAAUUCGGUAUCCUGUGUUAUGUAACAUGAUAAUUAAUAUUAGAAACCGACCUAAGUAAUCCUUUCUAGUCAAAAAAAUAUUUUGGAAUUUCGGUUAAAAUUUCACUAGAUAGAUAGUGUAGUUUAACGGCUUGGAUCUGACCACACGUCCAUCAACCCCAGUGAGGAAGUGUAAGGCUUUAAUCUAAUAAAAGUUGUAAGGUCACCGAGAGAAAUUUCUUCUCUCAAGCAACAUAGUGGUGAGUAUUUUUCUUGGGUUAGAACAGAGCCAAAGAGGAAGAGACAUAAAAGAAAACUAACACCGGAAAUAUACCGAGACUCAAUGAGUUAUGAAAGUAUGCUGUAUGUUGAGAGCAAAAGUAUUUUAAAGAUUGACGAGAGCUCUUACUUUUUUCGUUUCCUUCGGCGUCUCCCAUAGGGGUCACUUCAUCGAUAUACGGAAAAGCCGCCAUUGUUUUCAGAAGAUGCUGUAGCCUGCUUGAGGGUGUUGAAUCGGUCUCCUCAACACUCUGCCAUGCGUCGCCAUCUGAAUGUUUAACACCCCAACAGCCACAAGUACGACUUUCCCUGACAAGCUUCGUCUGCUGGCUCAUUGUUUCUCGAAUGCCUCAUGACCCAGCGAUUAGCCAACACUGACAGCUGUCACUCACCACGUGGUUUGUCGGACUCUUAUCGAUUUUUCCUCUGCGGCAUGUGAGGCCAGGCUACUGCCGAUUCGCGUGCUGGAUGGCGCAAGCCAAGAACGUGUGACCACGAGGAAUACCCAAUGGCCUUGACGAUUUCGGUUGUAGGACUAGCUAGCCAUCAAGGUUCAGCUCCGCCGGAGUGUUUGUAGUCUUAGGUAUGGUAGGCGGUCCAGCCAAGGCCUGUCCUUUCUGGCAGUACUUGUUAGGUUGCUAGUUUUAAUUACUCACCCCGUUAUUAAUCCGAAGAUUUCAUCAACACUCUCGGAGACAUACCUAUUUUUCUAGCCAAGAAACGACCACAAGAAUUUUGUCCGGUAAGAUCUUAUUUCGUAACAGCACCUGUUAGGGGUGAGGAGUUGGGGUUAGUGUUAAGGAUUAGGGUUAGCGGUCAUGAAUUAGUGUUGGGGGUUAGGUUUAUGGUUAGGAGUUAGUGUUAGGGGUUAGAGUUAGGGUUAGGGUUGGGGUUUAGGUUUAGGGGUUUAGGGUUAGGGUGAGGGGUUAGUGUUAAGCCCUCUAUUAACACCGGCCCCGUAUGACAGGCGACUGGGACUUGUCCACCGCAGGUGCGACUACGAAAUAGGAUCCGACCUUUUAUCUGCCUACGGCCUACCAUUCAGAAUUGAGACAAAACAUUUGUUUUCCGUUCAGAUUCUUAUGUACAAAACUUCUGCCAUGUCUGGGCAUUGAUGUUGGCCCUGUUCCACCCUUGGCUGAAAGUUUGUAAUUCGCUAGUCAAACGCAGCAUACUGGACCUGGAAUUCUAAAUUCGAAGGACAAGACCCAUACGUGAAUAUCUGUUGUUGGUUCCUUAAUGUGCAUUUGUAUGUGGAAAUUACCUGUUCGAUCGCCACGACGCACUUCCGAACUACGGACCCGUAACUGUCAUUUGUACGACAGUGCAAAGUACUCAAUGGAAGUGAUAGCGUAUCGUAAAUGUGGGGGUUUAUAAAUUCUGGAAGUAAGCUGUUAGGAAAGCCGACGGUUUAUUAGCUAUUUUCUGUUGUUAAUAGCCCGAGCUAAGGCAUAGUGAGUGGAUGUGUCUAACGCACGACAGGUAAGUGAAUAGGCUGCAAUCGCGUAUCCUACCCUGCGAAUGCGGCCAUGUAGGAGGAGGAUCAUGGCUCUCAAUUCCAGAAAUGGCCUCGUGGGCAAUGUGACCAUAGCAACAGCGGCGUCGUUAUGACUCACGAUUGUAGAGGUGGGGGCACCAAUGAGAUGCGUCCGUACGCCCACUUAAUGCGUAUCGGGGUCGAUAUGAUAAUUAGUACCGUCUACAUGGAGUUCAGUGUCUGAAUAACUCCCUUAAAUAUUUAGUGAGAAGUUCGUUGAUUACAUGGGCGGCACAUCACAAUCGAAGUUCUGACUGCCUUCCAGCGAGCGAAUUCAAACGGGCGGUGGAGCUCCGCGUCGCCAGACAUACGCACAAUUUACGCUCAAUACGACAGGCUGUAGUUGGCUGACCUGAACAUGCGACCUCAUUGCAUAACAUUACGCUUGUUGUCCUCUAAGUGUCAGAUGUGUGAUCUAUUGCACCGUUUUCCACUGAGAUGACGCAAACUUUGGCCUAAUGUGCAUGCUAACAUUUCAUAAUUUCGGGAAAAAUUGUUACUAUACGUCAAUGCAAUAAAACCUUCCCACCCGAGAAACGUAUUUACCAAUUAUCAAUACUUAUUUUGCCAUUCCUCUAUGCAUACAUAGGUCCCACCCGUAAACCCAUAUUAUCACCAUUCCCGUAAGACAGGCACAUUUGGCUGGUCGUGUGCGUGUUUAGGGUCCCCCACCCGAUCGUUGCCGUUACCCGAAGAUCCUUUUGUGCGGAUCAUCGAAUACUUGCCUACCUGUUGUUUUCGGAUUCGGAAGCCUCUGGAAAUUUCUCUUAAAGCUCGGUACAAACCGAUUAUUUUUCAUUCAGCAAUAAGUUCAAUUCCUUUCCCAACUGAUAUUUGUUUCUGUGGGGCCAAAGGUGUGACGAAGUAGAUACCCGACGCAAACUGUUUUGUUAAUGGCUGGAUGGUUGCUGCAAUAGUUGAUGACAUUUGCAGUAGUGGCGUCUUUUCUACAGUUAGCUGAGACCGAUCCGUGUGCAAUCUGCUUUGAUGAAAAAAAUCAACAUCUAACCGAGGUGUUGAUCUUGUCUCACUUUGAAACGAGGAAGUUAUCACCAUGACGCGAACCCAAGGUAUGGCUUCAGAUCGUUGAAAUACGUUCUUUUCUAGCUUUUUUAGGACUAAUUCGAUAGAAUCCUGAUCUUUACGAUCCCAUUGGCGUCCUCUAGACCGGCUGACAAAACCAACUCUCAAAAGUGCAGGGGUUUAGAUUAUCAAAGCCAAACAGUUCAGUCGCGUUCUGCCUUAGAAUGUCAGCUGACUCAUCCCGUAACUGCUAAUUUAGGCAUCUAAUAGCUAAUAAUAGUUCACCAAGAAUGCAUUACUCAUGACUGAAGCCUUCACAUCGAAGAACCCGGGAAGAUGCCACAGAGGAACCAACUCUACAGGGGGUUUUAGACACUCGAAAUGUUGCUGGACAAUGUUUUCAGUAGAUGGUCCGGUGAAUGGCGUUAUAUUUCUCAGUGGUGCAUUCGGGUUCUGAACUUUUGAGCUACCAUACGUGUGUGUGCGCGAUUAAGGUGCCAUGAACAUUUCCUCUCAACGGUCAAUCCUAUCAGCUAAACAAACCCGUCCAGCGAUUUCUUAGUAGUUAGGGCUGGCUUCUUGGUUGAUUCUUCAUAAAUUGAAGCCUAGUCAUACUCAUGCCUCUACUUAGUGACUAGCUUGACUAUUGCCAAUAGUUCGGGGAUAUUAGUUCUGUUCACCAGAGACUGGGUUAGCAUAUAUUCUACCCUUUUGUACCUUGUCUGCCUAACGCGAUAGGCACACUUGGAUAUCUAAUCUAGGUCUCAUAAUUGCCUCCGACUUAAUGGCAAUUAACUAAUGAUGAACAGAUGCAUUUUGAGCAAAGAGAUGCUGCCCAAUACGUCUUUUGGUUUAUAGACCUUCCAUACUUUCUUAUUACUUGGAUGUCCGCCGAUACUUGCUAGUGGGCUCAUUAUGUUGCAUAAACUGUAAUGUACGGUUAGUCGCCAUCUUCCCUACUGAAACGACCAGUUCGCGCAGUAAUCCACCUAAUUCCUCCUGCCAUUUAUAGGCCCUCAGAUUCCAAAUGUUUGUCGUUCCCUAGUGUUUGGGGAAAAGUUUGAUGUGGGGCUUGAUCAGAAGGCCAUAAGAAGCCUCUCUCACAUUUUGCCCGUAGUCUUCUGAUAGCUUUAGAUGCUCCAUCUGCUGCUUCAAUUACUCCGAUAACCAACUACGUUUCUCGUAUACGCAGCUCCAAACAGGCACAUUUAAUUUUCUGCAGUAGUCAACAGGCGUGAUGCAAAUUUUGAGAAGACAAAAAGAAGUGAUCAAAAAAGCUCUGCUGCUCAUAUGCCCAAGCGCAGUUCAUUCUGCAAGGCAGUCCAUCCUGCCUCGUCUGGAAACUCACUGUCUAGACAGACGUCUGGGCUACACGUGUAUUUGGCACGUGGCUCGCUCAGCUGAUGCUAUCGAUAUGGGAAAAUUCAAAAAACUGCGCCUCAGGUUGCAGUGUGGGUAAGCAGCUGUGAGGAGACGUCGUUUCGGCCAUAAAUUAGUAUGCUGUGGGAAGCUGGAGCUGUCUGGAACCAUCCUCUAUCACAAACAUAAAGCGUUCGUUCUGUCAGGUGGUCAAAAGCGUUGCAGCCGAUGAAUCCAAUAACUCUAACUUCGUCCAAUCCGGCCCCCACCAACAUCGUCCUGCCAAAAUUUGGGACCCUUAUACCAAACAGAAUAUUCGUUGGUGGGAUUACUUCUACAGUACGUGUGUUUGUAGCUCAGUUGCCUUUUACUCAGCCGUUAUUUCGUAGACAACUGAGGAGGAUUUGAGGAGCUUCUUCAGCAGCUUUGGACCCAUCAAGGAUGUGAAAGUGAUAUAUGACCGAUCUGGCCAGUCCAAGGGAAAUUAUGGUUUCGUAACUUUUGAAAAUCAAGAAACGGCCGAGAUGAUCAUUAAGAAUGAGGUAAAUUGCUAGUAAAUGUUUGCCCGACCGAAAUCUAGGCUGAAUCAUUGACAUUCAAAGAUCGCAAAAUAAACAUUGGUUAUGCCGUCCGUAAACAGGUAUGACUUACCUAUUGAAGUAAUUGGGUUUUUCAGCAUGUUAUUCCUCGACAAGGUAAUCGGGCUCGAUUUCUCAAGUGUUCUUUUUAGAUAUGAAUCCUCCCCUAAUCCUGAACAACGCAGCUCUGCCGUGUUCCCUUCUCCCGAUCAGAGGUCAGGAAUUCCCCAUUUUGGCAGCAGGCACGGUAAGUAAUUCGUGAUUGGCUGACAGGGUCGUCUAGCUGAUGCUUCGGGGUCAUCGGUAGGCGGUCCACCUAGGAGAACUUAUUUAUCCAAGUUGCCUGAAUUUUCCUUCAGUCCAUCUGUUAUGUAUUUGGUUUCUCGUAUUUACGAAUGAAGAAAGGAUUGUCAUUUGCUUUUUGAAAGUUGCAAAAUAACACUAAAGCUUGACGAAAAUACCAUUCAGAACUUCUGAAAAAUCAAGCACUACAAUUAUAGGCCGGUUGAUUAUGUAGCCGGGUCACAGCUGCUCCGUUAAUAUGAUAGAAAUGUUCAUUAAGGGCGUGGUCUACAGAUAUAUGUGGACAAAUUUCACGAGUUACCUAUCAUUAAGCACUUUUGCCUAAAUGUGCUUGGACCCAAAGAAUAACCAUUGUUUGCGUUAGAUGCGAUGGCACGCAGAGCUAGAACCUUUGAUCCUUUUGCCGAAUAGAACAGUCUAAAAUUAGGGGACACUUUAGAGAUCGAAAAAAAUCGAACCUCGAGGCAAUGGAAGGACGGCUUAUUACUGCAUCUUUAUUCUUAUUGCAAAACCACAAAUUAGCGUACACGUAAAUGGUGCUGUGAGUAAUAGAAACCUGUCUUCUUUUACAGCAGACCAUCUGUCCUCCUGCGAUUAUACUUCCGCAACCGACAACAGCCGCUACAACUCUUCCAAACGGUCUCUGCUGCGCUGGUAAUGGCGGGGGCGGCGGCGGCCUGUCGAUUAACAAUUCCGCUCCAAGCUUCUCCCUCCCCCACAAUAACCUCACAGCAAACUGUGUUCCACUAGCUGCUCAAACAACCAGCGGCACCAUAUUUGCCGCCGACCCGAGACUCGCCAAUCACCUGGGCGGCAAUAUGCUCGCCGGUGGCAGUAUCAUUCCCCCAGGCAGUCUGCUAUAUGCUCACUCAGCUGUGGUAAUUCCCGGCGGAACCGGCAGCCAUAGCAUCGAGGUUAUAUCCCCACAGACUGCCAUCUACCUCGCUGCCACGGCCGGGGGCACCGGCGGCGGUGGGCUACAGCCGCAGGCACCACCACCGCCGCGCUGUGACCCCAUUCCCAUUGGUCACCCAAACGAAAAGGCCACUCGUCAGCUGGGACAGACGUUUCAACCGCUGCUCCAGUCCACAAAUUCCACCGCCACUAACCCGGUCUCACAGUCAGCCAGCUGGAAGGAGUCCGCUGCCGCGGCGGGACCAAUUGCAAACUUCGGCUACUGCGGAGGCCAAUCAUCUGUUCCCUCAUCAGCGGUCUACCAGCGUCCACCGGUGGCCCCACGACAGGAGGAGCGUGCAGACGGCAUUCGUCUUUCGCCUACUGUCGGCAAUUUUGUGUCUGAUAACCGGGAUCUAUCGCCUUCUCCGUCACCUCGGACCGUUGGUCAGCAGCCCACGCCUGGAGACACCUCCAUUUACGGCAGUUGCAGUAGUGGGACUUACUGUCGGGACUUUAGAAGUGCCUACCUCGCCCAAUUACUAAAGGGCGAUGAAGGACAGGCAGAUGUGAGCGCACUCGAGUGCGCUGACCUCGGGGAGACGGAGUACGCACAAUCACUCGGCCGGCGUUUAAACGCCCAGCAGGACUUCACUUGCAGCAGCAGCAGACUAGUGGGUACUAAGGGGCAGCCCCAAACCCCCAACGCGGACACCGCCUCCUACCAAACCAACCACCACCAACAUGACAGCACCCCGGCGGCGGCGGCGGCAGCGGCAGCGGCAGCGAGACAAACAGCCAAAUGCAAGAUGGUAAUGAAAACAAAACCAGCCAAUGAGACUUCCUGGUACGCCAAAUCAGUCUUUGGGAAUUUCGGCAACCCAAUCGAAAACGGUAGAAUUUGGCGAAAUCAGGACCAACAGGCAAGUCUAAAUGCACUUUACGAUUACAGACUGUAUUAUAUGACCGGUUUCCCAUUCAUUGGUAGGGAUAGCCACUGAGAGCUCCGUAGAUAGUAGAGAACGGCGAAGGCGGCAGACUUCUAAUCUGCCAAAAUGGCGCACAUGUGGACUUCUAAGUCUGGCGACUUUUGCUUCAUUGAAAUUCAGUGAGGGAGGGUGAUCGUAUGCUUAUUCAAUUUAAUCGUAAACACGGAACUGCAGAGUAAUCAAUAAGAGUAAAGUCUUGUGCGAACUAAAUUUCAGACAGAUUUUGGCGUCCGGACUGCGUAACCGUAUAACGCGAUAGGUCUUAAAGGCGUUCGCCUACCUUUUCCCCGAUAAAACUGAACUGAACCUAAAGGCACUGGGAAAUCAGAACCACCGUCGAGAUCGAUGCUUGAGCGAACAUUUCCUUCCUUUCUCGGUAGCGAUGUUGGGAGUUUUCUCACUUGAAAUCACAAUUUUCCGUGUUUGGUCACUUAACAAACUAAUGAAACGGCAGAGAGAAAGGAGCGUGUAGGUUCCUGCGUAUAUAUCGUCUUCUUAUAAUGUAGUUGACGUUAAAAAUUGGAUAUUUUGCCUAGGAGUCGUUUAGCAAUGCUGACUGUCAAAUGAUUAUUAAGAAAUUUGCAAGAAUAAUUACUUUUUGAACAAAUAAGAUCGAGGAUCUUAAGAAAAUCAGCAUAGAUUGUUGUGGCGAGGAUUGAGUAUGUGAGCCCACGGGGAAAAUAAAACUAGAUUAUUUCUGUAAUAUAUGAGGGAUGUUGGUAUUAGUUUUAUAAGUAGGGUAGAUGAAUGCGACAAUUAAGGAGAUCCACGGAAGUCAUUGAGAAAACUCGCAUUUCUGCAGCAUGUGUAUUCUGUUUCUUCAAUGAGGUGCUGAAACAAACCUCGCAGUUUGAACGAUGCGAGUUAAGCCGUGUAAGCUGGAGGAAAAAAGGUAAUCCAUGAUUGUUAAUUCAAAAAGGUUGGAUUAAGUAGGACGGUAUACGGCAAGCGAACGCAACCUUAACCCUUUUCCCAAAUCUAAUUUUUAACCCAACUCCUACCUUAACUGUAGCCAUAACUUUACUUUCUUGCGUCCCACCAGAAACGCAGCCUCAAUACAAAAUGCCUACUCAUAUAAAAUAAGCAGACAUGUGAUAGUAACGCAAACAUACGCCUGCGCAUUCAAUUGCUGCAGCCAAUUUAGACUCAGCUCAGUAACUUGGAAUACCAACUAGGACCACUUCCUACGCUGAAAUGUGCUCGCUUUUGGUAUUCAGAUAAUUCUGCUCUGUCAAUUUUUAUUUUUGGCGCCUCAUUAAUUUAUCCACACUUCGCAGAAUGAAUGUACACCAGAUUCAUACAGCUUUAACCGAAACACUAAAAUAUGAUUUCCCAUAUAAAGGACUAUUUAGGUAGAGUUGUAACGUUGAGUGUUAAAUAGCAUAAUCUCAAGAUAGUUCAGUAACAAGAGAAUGCUGGCUUCCGAAUUCCGGUGACCGGUCAAAAUCACUCUCGGCCAAAAGUGGGUGCUGAGCAGUAUGAUUUUUCCAACUGAUCUUCAGUUCUUUUAUGGAUCUAAAAGGAUUUUUUGGAAAACAAACAAACAGCAUCCCUCCUUGUGCACUCUGUGCCAUAAAUUAUGUCUUUUUUAAAUUAUCUGCUCCAAGAGAUGGCAGGAGGAGGUUAAAUGGUUUGAAAUUAGAAGACUCCUUCAGAUUGAGAAAUGCCUGUCCACACAACAUCGGAUAUGCCAGUUUAUUAAUUUUCUUUAUGGAGCACCUGUGGUCAGUAUCCACCAAAACAUUGUACGUGCCCUACACAGAACCACCUUAACAGCCUACCGGAAUGCAUGAUUUACCUUCACUCGAAAGCUUUCGACUCACAGUUCAGGAACCCUAAAUGCAAGUAAGAUGGACAAUAGAGCUCAAAAUCAUUUAGAAAUUGAAAACUUUUUAAGGUUGAAAAAACUCUUCCUUAGAGUUUUCAAUUCGAAGAUUUAAUUUCCUAUAAAAUGAGUGAACAAUUAUGUUCUUGUGCAUGUUUUCCAUGAAAUAUGUCUAGAUUUCUUAGGAUAUCGAAAAUCUAGAUAAAAACUCGUGUUAAUUAAGUGUUUACUUUAAGUGUGAUUUCUGUCAGCGGCCAAUAAGACAUGCAUUCAAAAACCGUCACCCUUUCGUGAAUUGAACAUUUUGAAAUUAUGCUGCUCAAAAUCAAAAUUCUACCCCAGCAACUUGUCGUGGUCGAAGUCGCAUUCCUCAAUUUUAAUAAGUACUCCAUGCGAUACAUAAACUUAUGCAUUUAUAGGCGUGCAUGAUACUACACACUAUCCAGUUGUAUCGGUGAAUUUUAAGACGUUAAGCUGGGAGAAUAAUUUUGCGGGAGCCCUGAACAUUUUAAGAAUCUAAAAACUUUAGCAAUUUUAAACCCUCCCUUCAUAAAAUUAUAAAUCUGCAGAAAACAUAAUUUCUUAAAAACGAGCAUAGUGAACCAGUGAUUUGUCCACUUUCUAUGAACUGCGACUAAAGUUAUGCAAGCAUUGGAAGUCAAUGAAAAGCAUUCAGAGUACUUAAUAGCUAAUUUCUGAAGGUUACACAAACACGUGAAUGAAAACAUGUUCAGCCAGAAGGCAGCAGGUCAUGUAGUGGGAAAUGGCUUGAGAAUAUAAACUUCCCGCACUGCUAGUGAACUUGCGCUAAAUUUUAGGAGGCAUGUAUUUUCGUGUCCUAAUCGUAACCUUAACUCUAGGCCUCGUAACGCUAACCGUAAUAUCAACCCUCUUAAACGUACCCCCGCGGAAUCUAACGCAAGACCGCAUGUGAAACGGGGAUUCAUAUCCCCAUACCCUACCGUGCCUGCUAAUCCGCUCUGUACAGUAGAUGAACUGACUCACGAAAUGUCAAUCGAAAUUUCGAAAUGCGUUCUCGUUUCGCACAGAUUAAUUAAGUAGGGUUGUAAAACUAAUCAUCGUCCAGCAUACUUCUACAUUGAUCCAGUUAUCUCAGGGUGUCAGAUUUCGAAUGAUUUUAUUUCCGACUACAUGCAAGAAUAAACUCUGCGAAAAAUGGCUACUUAAGCAGCAUGCAAUUUUCUCAUUGAUUUUUGAUGCCUUUGAAAUUAAAUUAAAGUUCAUGGCCAAGAUGCAGGAAAAUAUCCAUUCUUUUACUCAUUCGGUAGAAACUUACGACUCCUUCCGAUUUCUUACUCUAAAGGAGCGUAUAAUUUGGUUAUAAAAAUGUUUCUAAUUGAGAUUUUUAAUACCCUGAAAUGGUCGUUCAUAAAACGUCAUGUAUCAGCAUUUACGGAUGUGGCUUGUAAAGUUAAUAAUAUUGCUGAAAUCCACGGCUUAAUCUUAUGAACCUUAUAUGGUCUCCUCUUAAUUCCGUAGAGAAAUGCAUGGUUUUCCGUAGACGGAAGAUAUUCGACUUGUAGUUUUGGAAAUCCUGAAUGCAAAUGUAACAGCAGGUCGGGUUAAAAAUUAUUCGGGAAUUAGCACAGUUUUUUAAAACCUUAUUAUACUUUUCUUUCGAGUAUAAAAUCGGAAGAAGACGUGAUUUCCUACCGAAAAAGUGAAAGAAUGAAUAUUGUUAUGCAUGUUUUCCAUGAAAUAUAAUUAAAUUUUUAAAGGCAUCGAAGACCAAUGAAAAAAUUGCCUUCUACUUACGUAAUCGUUUUUUGCAGAGUAUUGUUCUUGCAUGCAAUCGGGAAUAAGAGUAUUCGAAAGCCGACACCCUGAGGUAACUUGACCAUUAUAGAAAUAUGUUGCAUGAUGAUUAUUUAUACGGUCCUACUUAAUUAAUCUUUUCGAAACGAGAACGCAUUUCGAAAUUUCGGUUGACUUUUCAGGAGUUAGCCCACCUGCUGUAAGCUAACCUAAGUAAUAAUAAACCAAGUUCGUUAUUUUUAUAAGAAACGUUCUGCCAUACUCGGACUAAAUAAUAUGUAUGAACAAAUACAAUGUGGCAUCAACUUUGGGGUGCUCGAGACCCCCUUCAAUGCAAAAAUUUAACUUUUACCACGAAAUCAAUAUGGGCCAGACCUUAGGUGAAGGACAACGGUAAGAUUAUUAUUUAAUCACAGAUGACAGUUCUUGUUGAAAGCAAGUUGCUGGCUUACUUUUAACAAGCUAUCUUAGACGUACAAAUACAUAUGAGGAAGGACCUCUAAAAACGAACUUCAAAUUUUACCAAACAUCAUUAGUCAAGUAUAAUAACAAGACCUACUUGUACUAAUAAAGUAGAACAAUUAAAUGCAUUAUUUUCUGACGAUAGCAAGCAGGACAUUCCGUCACUGGCCACAAAUAAAAAGAGUUCGACAGCAACAACAGAAUAUCCGGCGAAUGCAUUAACCCUCAACUUUUUGUAAUCCGUUUUUCUGGUUUGGACGAUUUUAUUCACAGCUACUCAAAAACAGUCAUUCCUAUAAAAUCUCAAGUAGGUCUCACUAGGUGUACAACUGUUUUCGCUUUGAGCUGGAAAGGUUGGAUUAGAAUAACAAAGGAUCUUGACAAGCUCGUUAGCUGGCUUUGGAAGACGAGUGCCAUAUUUUAUCAGGAUGAGAAAUGCUAGCACUCUUUAAAAAAAUAAGGUCACAAAAUAAGGUCUAAGGUUAGUAUCGUGCCGCGCCUCACAGUAUUUAUUGGGACGACAGCCAGGUUAACACGGUAUUAGUUAUACGGGUUUAUUUCAACAAUGCACCCUGCAGGGGAAAGGAGGGUGAUCUGAAUGUCUUUGGUGGGGAGGGAGGAGGCGUUUGAGCGUUGACCAUCAUCACCGUCAUCCGAAUUGGCCUUGGCUGCCGUCUUGGAACGCAAGUCUUGUUUGCGUCCCCUGACCGCAUUUCUCCCCGUCUGUUGGGGUAGUGGUUGAUGCAGCAGUAUUGAUGACUGCACCUUCUUCGGGCCCGAUUGUUGCGUGGCCACGUGCGUGUUCGUCUUAGGUUCUACCUUGUUCGGGUUCACGUCUGGUCUUGCCGCGUGUCCACUGCUUCCGAAGGGUUGGGCAGGCUGUCGAAAGAGCGACACAACGGUUGAUUAAGGUAGUUUUCAUGUGCCAGGCCUCAAUUGCUUCCGUCUACGCGGUCCUUUCCUCGACCCAGUACUUCGGAGUUUUGGAGGGCGAACGUGUGCCCAGAGUCUGAACAGUGUUACGCCACCAAUGACAAUGGGUCCAUUCUCCUCAUUGCCCAGAUGUGUCCAUUAAUAUGGGUCUGCUAUCGUUUGCCAAUCUCUUCGAUGUGGUUAACUUCUCGGGCGGUCCACUGCAUACGAUGGCUGACGUUUGUUGUUUCACUUCUUGACAGGCUGGUCUUAGGCUUCACGACAGGAUGUCGAAUGGUUAACUCCGAUCGAUCGGCAAUGCCGACCCUCAGCGGCCUUAGGAGGCGGGAAACUGCCUCAGAGAUGCCAUGAAUGUACAUCGUAUAUGGCAGGCUGUUAGAUGUGCUGUCACCGGACUUCAGGUGAACUUGAACUGCUUCCUACACUUGAUACAGUUGCAGGGUAAGGUAGGAGGCAAGACCAGACGUGAACCCAAACAAGGUAGAACCUACGAUGAACACGCACGUGGCCACACCACAAGCCGGGCCCGAAGAAUGCGAAGUCAUCAAUACUGCUGCAUCAACCACUACCCCAACAGACAAAGGAGACUGGGAUGACUAUUUUUGGCUUAUUAACCGUCGUAUGCCAGUCAUACCUAAAACACCUGGAGCUCCAACUCGCAACCUGUUAGUUGGAAGUCCAACGCCUGUAAUUACUGGACCACGGGCCCGUUGACCUGUCCGUUUCGAUCGGGAAUAUACAAUGGUAGAGGGAGGCUCACCGAUCGUCGUUCUUAGGGAACUCACUCGUUCCGUUAUGCCUUAUGGGCUCUCUCUCGGGCCCAACCAGCAGCCGCACAGCGGCGCAGGAUAUAGGCAGAACGUUAUUACCGAAAAAGGCAAGGAAGACUGGAGUGGCAAUUUCUGGCUUAUUAGUCGUCGUCAGCCAGUCGUAGCCAACCCCAGGUUUGGAUUUCAGGUUAAAACCUGGAACAUUUUGCAAUUGAAUUCUAGAGACCUCGAAUGCAGUCGAAUGGGCAAUUAAGUAUAUAUGACUUAAAGGGUAUCGAACAAGUUAGGGGAGUUUGGAAUGGCUAUUUUUGUCAUAUUAGCCGUCGUCACUCAGUUUUAUCCAAAACCCUGAUUUGAAUAUAGCUGACUGACGACGGCUAAUAUGCCAGAAACUUGCAUCUCGGUCUCUUGCCUUCGUCGAUGUUUCUCUUUCUACGUAUAUUACCAGCCGCUGUGCAACUGCCUGUGGGCGCUCUAGACUGAUUUUCAGGGAAACGCGACACGAGCACGUCCUACAGCCUGGUUGUUGAGCGUCCAUCUACCAUUGAUAUACGUUGUUCGUUUGCGUAACCAAUUACAUAGAGCAUGGGACCUAUCUCAUGAAUUGUUGGCCGAAAUGCUGAAAUGCGUUUUCUACUAGGAAGGAUUAUCUAGGUGGGGUUGUAAUACUGAUUCGAAUGCGACAUGAUCCUAUAGUAUUUCGGACUCGCCAGGAUAUCGGCAAUUGAAUGCACUUCUUUUCGGCCUCCUGAAGAAACUACACUCAGCCAAAACGACCACUUAAGUAGCAUGCAUUUUUCACAUUGAUUUUCGGUGGUUUUAUCAAUUCAAAUAUAUUUUUUGGGAAACAUGCACAAAAAUAUGCUUUCCCUUAUAUUUUUGGUAGAAAAACACAUCUUCUUUGCAUUUUAUAUCCUAAGAAAGUGUAUAUUUAGGUUUUGAAACAGUUUUCAGAUUCUCGAAGUAGUAGUCGUUUUUUACUGAGUGUAGUUUCUGCAGGAGGUCGAAAAAAAUGCAUUCAUUAGCCGAUAUCCUGGCGAGUCCGAAAUGUUAUAGGAUCAUGUCGCAUUCUAAGCAGUAUUGCAACCCCGCUUAGGUAAUCUUUCCUAAUCGAAAACGCAUUUAUGAAUUUCGGCCAACUUUUCAUGAGAUCGGUCACGCAGUGUAGGUCGGUGUGUUUAAGCUCUUCACGAAUUGCCUUGACCACAAAUUACAGCAUAAUAGUCCUGUUUUAGUUGCUUUUUAAUUUCUUCAGAAGUUAACUGUGAACUUGAAGUAGACCAGCAUAUACAAAGGCCUAUAGGCGCAGACCGAAAUUCGAUGCAUGAAUAUCUGAGCCAAAGUCCAUCAACCACAGCGGGAUAACCGCGUAAUAUUCAUUAAGUGACGACAGGCAGCUAGUAGUGUAUCUUGGGGUUACAAGACGCCAUAGCAGCAGCAGUUAAUUUCUGAGGAAAUUUUAAAAAAAUAAUUUCUAAACUGAAGUAUCUACCAAAAAGCACGCGAGAAUGCUGGGAGACCCACUAAAGAGCUGCUAGUAGGGUAACUUGUGACCCUUAAAUUUUCAAAAAAAGCUGCAAGCAGGAUUAGGCGCGGGCGGCUGGCGCGGUGUGGACCUGCGUGCCUAAGUAUUCUUACAUCAAAUUACGGUCUGCGCCCAUAGACCUUAGUUUAAACUAAUCCACUCCAUAUUAGCAGUUAAUUUCAGAGGAAAUUAAAAAGCAACAAUUUCCUAACUGGAGUAUCUACCACAAAGCACACGAGGCAUGCUAGGGGACCCACUGAUCUCAACCGAUAGGACAACGAGCCAUGCGUCAGUGAUUUGGGGGCGUUGGACUUCUAACCAACAGGUCGCGGGAUCGGGUCCCAGGUGUUCCAAACUUCGGGGUUGAGUAUGAGUGGUUGACAACGCCUAAUUAGCCAGAAAUGGCCAGAAAUGAGCCCCCCCCUACCAUUGUUCAGUUUUCCAACUGUUGGUUUUCCCCUUGUAUCCUACAAGGGUGGUCAUAGAUUUUGGCCUCCCCCCAGCCCUUCCCACCAACUGACGAUGACUAACUACCAUCUGUUUAACUUUCGUCCGUCAUGGCACCUUUGCCAGCUAGGUUCAGCUCUUGAAUUGACACCAUUUUUUUCGAUCAGCGUUAGAAUCUUUGAUCUAGUCUUCUGCCCUCCUUCCCCUCCCCUGGUCUGUCUUUAUCAACGGACACUCAUGAGCUCUCAUCACUGACUGACUGCCGCGACUUAGAGGCGGGUGUGGCCUAUACCACGCCACUUGCAGCCAGUAGACUGUCCACUUCUUCGUCCGUAAUGUAGGCCACCUUCUUAGCUUUAAUCCAAUUAAACGCAAUAUAAGAUGGAAUAAGCCAGAUAGACCGGAAUCUACCGUAUAUUCAGUAACCACCGCGAAAAUAAAAGACAGUUUCUUUAACAACUCCAGAAUGAGGCCAACAACUUGUAAAAUGAAGCAAACCCAACAAUCGCCGUAAAUCUAUGUGUUGAAACUGAGUAGUCCACACUGCACCGCAUUUAUUUCCACCGACAGAAUGUUGCCGCACAGUGAAGAAGCCCCUUCUGAAAUGUAAGCGAGUCCUCAGGCCACGUCUUCUUUAGCAGUCGCUGCACGCAGAAGGAGGAGGAGGAGGAGGAGGAGGAGGAGGAGGAGGAGGAAGAAGAGGAGCGUUUUUAA